AGAAGUUGCACAAGAUCCCAGAAGUUGCACAACAUCCUCAAAAGGGAAGAAGUAAACUAGUGUUGAACAGACUAACCAUAAGAAGAAGGGACGAAUACAAAAAGUAACCCAGGACCUAAUAAUCACGAACAGAAAGACAAGAAGACAUCUAUUCCCAGCCAGAGCUUGUGCUCGUAACAGCAAUGGAGGAGCUGACAUACGAGGAGUCCAUCAGGAGAGCCAGCAAAAUGAUCUGCCGCUUCCCCCUGAGGAGCGUCCGGGGCAUCCCAUUAAUGGAGCCCAUUGCUCAGAACUGGGAAUCAAUCUGGUCCUUCUGUCCUGACCCCUCUGAUCUUCUCAUCUCUACAUACCCCAAAGCAGGAACGACAUGGACUCAGGAGAUAGUGGACCUGUUGCUGCAUAAUGGAGAUGCUGAAGCUUGCAGAAGAGCAAAUGUGGCUGUGCGGAUACCCUUCCUUGAGAUCAGCCCCCCACCCCCAAUCCCCUCCGGUCUGGAUCUUCUCAAUAAAAUGAAUCCCCCUAGAGUAAUCAAGACCCAUCUCCCAAUCCAGCUGGUACCUGAAGGAUUUUGGAAAAACAAAUGCAAGGUGAUUUAUGUGGCUCGAAAUUCUAAAGAUAACCUGGUGAGCUACUACCACUUUGACAGGAUGAACCAUACCCAGCCUGAUCCAGGUCCCUGGGACGGCUACAUCCACAAGUUUAUGAAGGGAAAGUUGGCCUGGGGCUCCUGGUAUGACCACGUGAAGGGUUACUGGGAAGAGAGAGAAAAGAGGAACAUUUUAUAUCUGUUUUACGAAGACAUGAAAGAGAAUCCUCGCCGUGAGGUGGAACGCAUCAUGAAGUACUUGGAUCUGUCGCUUUCUGAUGAUGUCAUAGGGAGCAUUGUGGAGCUCACAUCAUUCAAGGCCAUGAAGGACAACCCAAUGACUAACUAUACUUUUGUGCCGGAGGAGAUCUUUGACCACUCUGUCUCACCUUUUAUGAGAAAAGGUGAAGUGGGUGACUGGGCCAAUCAUUUCUCCUCAGAGCAGCUGCAGUUAUUUGAAGAAGAUUAUGAAAGACAAAUGAAAGGCACAAACAUUCCUUUCAGGAUGAACAUUUAGCUGAGGGUUGGAGAAUUUCCUUAUUAUUUACUGUUUUCCAGGGAACCUUCAUCAAAUACUAAGAUAAAGGGAGUGAGUAUGGGCGAAGUGGGUUGAGUAGUAAGUCACUGGAUUUUGAUCUAUGUUCAAUACAAUACUGUCACAUCUGUCUUCCAUUUGUAGUCAGGUAUGUGAGUCUGGUCUGUUUGUUCUUGCUGUGUGCCAGUGGUAACUGGCUCUGACUCUUAGUCAAACAGAGCAGUGAGUGCUGGUCACUAAUUUUAUCUAACAUUUAUCUCCCUUUAUCUUAGUUUUAGUAUUUGGAUUGAAUGGGUAGAAUGGGGUUUUCUGGAAAACAGGGAAUAUAAGGAAAUUCUCCACUCCUCAAUGUCUCAAUUGGCUCGUAUGCUUCGCAAAUCAGACAAGAUUCUUUUUUUUUUUUCUUUUUUCUUCCCCUUGUCCUGUCCGGCAGCUUUAGCAAGCAGAAUCAUAGUCUGAAUGCACUGCUGUGCCAAUCAUGUUUGCUUUACCAUGAGGGGGUCUAUAAGCUCUGUAUAGGCCCCCUCAUGUUAAUCGAUUUCUUUUUACUUUAAAAUUUAUUUAAUUUUUCACACAUGUAAAAACAUUGCAGUGGGUGAGCUGGCCGUAGAGGAGGGACAUAUUGGGAGGGGGAAAAGAAGAAGGAAAAAGAAGGGAAAGGAGAGAAAAAAAGAAAAAAAAGGAGUGGAUAGAUUCAGAAAGGAGUAAACAAAAUUAAAGCAUGCAGACAGUAACACAACUAUACAAGCAUAUAAAAUCUUAGAGUGUGCUUGGAUGGGUGCAUGCAAAUACAGUAUAUGUACAUGUGUGCUCAAUUGUGUAGGCAAGAUGCAGGCUAGUGUGCGUGUGCUGUGUGUGUGUGUUGCAUGUGUGUGUUGUGUGCGUGUGUUUACAACAUGGAAUGUACUAAAUAGCAAAGGUGGGAGGCCACAACCACCCCCCACAAGAGCCAGAGGUCAGCAGAGACAGACCCAGGAGGCCCAGGACGUCCACAGCCCCCAAAGAGCAUGGAAGAGCCGAGGCCCCACGUCCUGAUGAUAGCCGCGCCCCCGCCCCAGCCGGGGGGAGGAGGGAGGUCCCAGACACAGCCCCCGCAGCCAAAAGGGCAUGAACCCCAGAGAACCAGAGGCAACAGGUAGCCAACCCCACGAAGGCGCGGUCGCUCCCGUACGAGCCAAGGCCAGGGCCCCUGGGACCCCAGGCGGCCGGGUGCGACCAGCCCCCGGUAGAGAGCCCCAUCCACGUCGGGGAGGCCCGAGUCCCCCCCCAGGCCACCACCCCGAAGGAAGGGGCCAGCAACCAUGCCCUAGAGACCAACCGCACCCAGGACGGAGCAGCAAGCCCCAGACCCAGGCCCCCACCAUCCACACAGACACUCCGCAAACACACCUCUCAGCCAUGCACAUACACCCUACACACAUCCCCACAACAUACACAGACACCCACACACAGAGACACAAAGACAUAGGCCCAUCCACUCCGGACUGCCCUCCGACAUGCGGGAGAACGGAUGCAACCCCCAGCACCAGCCGCCACCCCAGGGCGCCGCCCGCCGAGCUACCACCUAAGCGCCCCCCCCCCCCCCCCCCCACACCACCAGUGGAGAGCAGGGGUGUAGGAAGACCCGCCCACUCUCCUCCCCCAUGAACCUGUGUGAGAGGUAGAGUAUUGGAUGCGUGUGGAGAUGUAUGAGACUGUAUGUAGUGUAGGGGAUGAGUAUGGCUGUUGAGAAACUAAGAUGAAUUAAAAAUUGACGGGGGAAGCGUAGAGGAGCUCUGUUUGUGAACAGCUCUCCUCCACAUCACUCCCCCAUCAGUGUAUAUGGUGUGAGUAAAAUUUGGGGGCGGCAGUGGCACAGAGGCGAGUGAUAUCACCAGCCUCUGAGUGGUGCCCCUGCCCCCCAAGGCCCUGUGUGAUUACUGGUAUGUGAUGAUUAAUGUGCAAUUAAAACAGGGGGAGGUGGAAGGCCGCGCAAUACGGUGAGUAAGGCCACGUAAAUGGCCCUCCCCACCGCAGUAUGCACGGCAUACACCCCCCCGAGGUCCUACAUGUGAAUAUGGCAUAUUGUAAAUGAGGGGGGAAGGGGCUGGGAUUCAUAAGGCCAGGGGGCAGAUUGCUCACCCCCUGGCAAAAGAGAGCCAGCUAACCAGCUGGCUCAGUAGGCACCCCAGCCCCCCACCGCCACGCGGGAAGGAGCGGACCCGGGGCCCCCGGCGACCACACCCCAGGGCACCGCCAGCGGCAAAAGCCACCCCCACCCCCCACCCCGAAGGGCAGUCCACACUCAACGACAAAAAAUGUGGCAGGCCCGAGACAUGCCACCCCCAACACUGUGCAGGCCGGACGUCCCGACACGGACCCCCCCCCCCCCGGCGGCACCCCAGGGGGAGCACAGGCCACCCCGGCGCAGGGGGGACACCCACCGAGGAGACGGCCAGGCCCCAGGCGCCAGAGCCCCGGACCCCGCACCGAAGAGGCCAACCGCCCAUCCCAGGACCAGCCCCCUCCACCACCAGCACUCCAGACCCCACGCCCCAUGACCAACAGGCAGCACCCCCAGCCAGGGAAAACACCCAGACGGCAGCCACAGCCCCCCAGCCCCAAGAAACCACUAGACGCCCACAGCCCGAGGGCCCAACCCCGCCACCCGCCAGGAUCCCGAGGAGAUGAGACCACAGCCGACCACCCCCCCUAUAUAACGGAAUUGGUCAGAGUGUACCAGAGAGCAUCCAAUUCACUUAAUUGUUUAUUUUGGAAGGGAGCAGAUAUUCUCUCCAUACUUAAGUGGUCUAACAGUAAAUUUCUAUACUGAGUAAUCCACAAAUUAUUUUUAAAUUUCCAGUUCAUGAAGAUAGUUUUCUUUCCAAUGCCUAAGGCAGUAAGGAUUAUGUGUUAUUAUUUUCUUCCAUAUCUAACUCACUUGCAUCUCCUAAAAUGCACAGUGUAGGUGAGGUUGGGAUAUGGUAAUUAAACCAAAUUGAUCUUCACAUAUCCUCUGCCAGAACUUCUGCACCGGUGUACAAGACCAUAUUGCAUGCAUGUAGUUCUCCAGAAAGUUACCUGAGCAGUGGGUACAUAGGUUUGAGUGUAUAAGGCCCAUUUGGAACAUCCUUUGUCCUGUGUAGUGUAUUCUAUGGAGAGUUUUGUAUUGUACAAGUUGCAAGUUAGGACUUUUAGUCAUUUUGAAAGUGUUUAAACAUAUUUGAUUCCAAAAGUUUUGCUCUGGAUCAAUGGAUAGAUCUUGCUCCCAUUUUGAGGUUGGGAGGGAAAUUGAGUCAUCUAUUUUUGAUAAUAACUUACACAAUUUUGAUAGUAAUUUGGGGAAAGAGAGAUUUAAAAAUCCAAGUACCCAUGGAGGUAUUUCUAAAUUAAGCUGAUUAGGGUUAAACCUCGCCUGAAUAAUGGACUUCACGUGCUGAUACUCAAGAAAUGUAUUGUUGCUAAUUCCAUAUUUUGAGACAAGUUCCUUGAAUGCGACAACUUUCCUGUUUUGAAUAACAUGUUCUAGAUUUAUAAUCCCUUUAUCGCGUCAUAAAAGAAAGUUCAAUGCUUUCUUUUUCUGGCAGAAAUCUGGAUUGUUCCAAACAAAUCAGCUGUUCCUAACAGAUGGGUGGAUAAUGUCAGAAAACAAAUAAAUUGUCACGUCCAGCUCAUCUGAUCUUCGUGUGUUUCACACCCCCUCAUCCUCCACGUGUGCUUCCCCGAUUGUGCCCAGCUGUUGCCUGUUAUUUUCGGCUUGACUUUUGUAUAUCAGUCCACGUCAUGCCCUGUCUGAGGUCGGUCAUUGUUGUUGUAAUGUGCGUCUCUCUACCCCCGUUAGUCCGAAUAAACCCUCGUUUGCCCUCA